AUGGAGGCAUCUGCCACAUCUUGUCAAGAUAAUCAAGUGAUGACAGAGCAGCUCAGGUCCUUACCAAACUGGAAAAAUAAAAAGAGUUGGGAAGUUAGUCUAUUCGAGUGUAAAUCAGUAAGACUGGCUGUUAUGUCUUGUCUAUGUCCUUGUUGUGUUUUUGGAAGUAUAAGUCAAGAUUUCGGCUAUUCUUGGUUUACAUUUUGCUUUCUGUAUUUCUUCACAUUGAUUGUUGCACCUCUCCUGUGGAUAAAUGUACUGCUAGGAUGUUGUUGGCGUAAAAAAUUGAGACAUAUUUAUCGUAUCAAAGGUAACAUCAUCUUUGAUCUGUACGCCUACCUGUUCUGUUGUCCGUGCACACUGUAUCAAGCGGCAGGUCAAAUUGCAAUUGAACGUUAUAGAAAGCUAAAAACCACCGGUCGGAAACUUCAUCCUUAUGCUUCGGGGUUCUUUCGGAGGAUGGGUCAUAGAAUAAUCAAACUUUAUAAGAUUCCAAAAGAUUUUGAAGAUGUUCCAUAUGAUACCCAGUCUCUCUUACCUAUAUAUCUGCGAAAGCGAAAUAGUGCACAAGUGGCUCAAGAAGUCCAGUCAAUACAAAUAUCACCGCGAAUUGAAAAUCCAAUAGUAGUAUCACAGCCACCAAUUUCUGAUGCACACUCCAAUAAUCUCCCCGUGUCUCAAGGUCAAACUAACUCACAACUACAUGAGACUCAAAAUCCCAUGAAAAAGGCUGUAAUACAUUCAGAAUCGAUUGAUCCAAUUAUGCACGUCUAA